GGUUCCUCGUCGCUGAUUGGUCGACACUCAUUUGUUGUGAUCGCCAUCUUGAAAUUUUCCCUUGACCAAAUAAAUCUCACGCACUUUACGUUUUACCGAUUUGCGAAGUUUCUGGAAUCGCAGCAACAUUACUAUCAAUUCAAAAAAGGACAAAUCAAACCUACCGGCAAGAUGAAUAUGAAAAAUAUCUCGGCUAAGUCUGAGCAGGCUGUGAAUGCCGCCAGGAGACAAGGAGCCAGUGUUGACACGACUCAGAAAUGGGGUGCUGCCACCAACAAGCAGCACCAGACCACCAAGAACACGGCCAAACUGGACCGCGAGACUGAAGAGCUGAAGCACGAGAAAAUUUCCAUGGACAUUGGCAAACUGAUCCAGCAGGGACGUCUGUCCAAAGGCUGGAGCCAGAAGGAACUGGCCACAAAAAUCAACGAGAAGCCGCAGGUUAUCAACGACUACGAAGCUGGCAGGGCCAUUCCUAACCAAGCCAUUCUAGGCAAGAUAGAACGUACUAUUGGCUUGAAACUAAGAGGACAACACAAAGGAGAAACUGUCCCUGGGGUAGGCAAGAAUUAACUUUAAUGUGGCCUACUCCCCAGGGAAAUAGAGUUGACCUCUGCAGAUUGGUCAACUUAAAUUUAAACUUAAUAUAAUUUAAGAAAA